GGUGAUAAAUUCAGAAUUUUCAGUUUUAUUUGUGAUUUUGCGUGGAGGACGUGUAAAUUGUGCGCCGGUGUUUAUUUUAAGAAAUGCUAAAGUUCUUCUGUUUUGUAACAGACUGUUGGACGUUUUAUAACACAAUUCAAUCGUGAUAUUGUUGCAUUUAUCAUUUUUGAUUAUUACUCUCUGUGAACGACAUUAUUAUAGUGUGUUUUAUUUGCUUUGAAUUUAAGUUGAGUGGCUGUGUAAGGUUUUGUCCCCACGGCACGAGAAUUGGACCGCUUUUCUACGAUUUACGCAAUUCCAAGAUUCUUGUGAUGGUCUUCACUAAUUUUGUGAUGUGUUCCCGGUAAAGGCGUGUAUCUUUAGUUGCACGAAACAUGGCGUCGUGAGCUGUGGAAUAUUAUUUUUAGCGGUGAGCCAGUGAGCGGCGAGCAUGGGCGCGCCGGGCCCGGCGGAGGAGUACACGCCGCCGCGGCUGGCGCGGCUGCUGCACGCGCUGCCGCACAUCAACGUGACGCUGCACCGCGUCAACGACACCUUCGCGCCCAACUCGCCCAUAUACCUGGAGAGCUUGGGGAUCCUCGGCUCCAUACCCGGCGCGUGGCUCAUCCUGACCCUGACGGUGUUGCUCAUAUAUUUGCUCACGAGAUGCUGUGACAGGAAACAAAGGCCGCCCAGGAGUAUCACAGCACUUAAGAUAACGUUGAUGAUCUUGGCGGUGCUAUCAUGUGCCGCUAUCGGCGUGGGUCUGUUCGGCAACGACGACCUGCACAAUGCGAUGCUGCAGAGCAUCCAGGCGGGGAACAACCUCGCACAGCUAGUCAACACGGUGAAGAAUCAGUCAAGUAUUCUAGAAGAGGCCAUGGGGUCUAGAGCGCGGGCCCCGCUGGCGCGGCUGGCGGACGCGCUGGACGCGCCGGUGGCCAACCAGACGGCGCUGGGCACGCUGCUGCGCGCGCUGUCGGCGCUGCGCAACAACGCCAGCGCGGCCGCCUCCGCCGCCGACAACCUGCGCCGGCCGCUGGCGGCGCUCAACUUGGACGCCUUCAUGAAGCGUCUGUGGGUGUGGGAGGCGGCGCGCUGGGCGGGCGGCAUGGUGGGCUGGUGCUGCGGCGGCGCCAUCUGCGUGGCGCUGCUGGCCGCCGCCGCGCGCCGCUCGCGACGGGCGCUGCUGUUGCUCUGCGUGUGCGCGCUGGGUGCGCUGGUGGCGUGCUGGGCGGUGGGCGCGGCGCUGGCGACGGGCGCGGUGGCGGCGGCGGACGCCUGCCAGGACCCCGCGCGGGCGCUGGCGCUGCACGCGCCGCACAGGCUGCCUGUCGACAUGGUACACUACUACCUGUCGUGCAAGGUGUCGCGCGAGAACGUGCUGACGGCGGAGUUGCGGAACGCGCAGCGCGCCGUGGUGGCCGUGCGCCAGGCGCUGGCCGUGCUGUCGCGGGGAGCGCCGCAGCUCUUCAACGAUCCCGGGCUCCAACCCGCCCUGGGCGCGCUGGGUGCGGGCACGGGUGAGGCGGAGCGCGCGCUGGUGUCGCUCAGCGGAGCGCUGGAGUGCCGCAUGGCGCGGUCCUACUUCGUCGCCGCCGCGCGCGCCGCGUGUGACGGGGGCCUGCAGGCGUUGUCGCUUCAGCUGCUAGCGGCUAUCGUGGCGGGGCUGCUGUUCACAGCCAUUGUGCUCGUCGACUCGCACGCCUGGAUCUACAUCAACACUAAGCGCAGCGUGUCGGGCGAGGAGCAGGCGCCGUUCCUGUCGACGGGCAGCGCGGGCUCGCGCACGCUGCCGCGCCCCGCGCCCUUCCCCAACGGCAAGCCGCCGUCCUACAGCGCCGCCGUGCAGCUCAUGGACCUCUCCGACCGGGAGCGAGAGCGCGAACGACCCCGGUCGCGCAUGUCGGGCAGCGCGACGCUGGGGCGCGCGGCCGGCGGCGGCGCGGCGCUGGGCGCGCUGGGCGGCUCGCACACGCUGGGCCGCGCGCCGCACAACGGCAAGUACGCCACGCUCAGCAAGCAGUGCAAGACGCUGGAGGGGAACGACUUCUACUGAGAGCGGGCGGGCGGCGCGGCCGAACACGCUGCAGGUCAGGCAAAUCGCACAGUGCCCCUGAACCGGUUCGACCCCAAGUACGCGUCGUUCGGGCCGCGCGCGCCGCGCCCCCGCCCGCCCGCGCCGCCGCCCGCCCUCGCCACGUUUUCGCCCGACGCGCCGCGCACCGCGCCCGCGCACGCGCCCGCGCCCGCGCACGCGCACGCCCACGCGCACCCGCACGCCGCGCCCGACAAGUACGCCACCGUGCGCCCGCAGCGCCGCACCGACCCGCAGCCGCUCUCUGCUGCGGCACUCGAAUACAGAAGCCUCCAACGCCCAAGACGCCAACCCAACAACAACCAACGCCGGCAACGCCAACAACAACAGCAACAGCAGCAGCAGCAACAACAACAACACGACCAACGCGACCUAUACGCCGUGACGGAGUUGUAGCAGUGCCCCAAGCAGAUGACCAUACGCCUCCGUUGCGACGAGUGUAAAUCUGCUACUAAACUUUAGUUCAAUCGAAUCUGUGCGUUAUUUAUAUGACACUAAAUGUUAUUUUACGACAUAACUCAAUACAGUGAACUAUUAUUGUGGAACUUUUUAUCAUGACAAUUUAGUUAUGGCAACACUAUAAAUCGACAUGAAUUUUUAGCAACUUUUUUGUAAAUCGAUCAACACGAAAUCUUAUCCAACAACAAUUGAACAACAACACGAUUAGUGUGAUGAAUACUCUGUAGUAGAGUAAUCUAGAACAAAUGACUAUCUGUUACCAAAGACAAAUAUCUGUUACAAAACCAGUGAAAGGUGUGUUAUUUCCAGCAGAUUCAUUUAUGUGAAGUGUUUAUGUCAUAGAUAUGUUUUUAAGCCAACAAAGUGUAAAAAACGUGUGUAGACUACAAGACUGAAGUAAAACUUCUUUCAUAAAUAACAAUCAAAGCGCCAUCUAUGAGCAUCAGGCGUAAUUACAUGUUUUUUAAGUGUAAAAAGGGUUUGUUUCUAGUAUGCCACAUAAAGUAACAAACACUGUUUCACUGUGACUGUAGAUUGCGGUACGCAUCUUAAGAACCUGUCCCGAUUACACUUUUCGUAACGCAUUUAAAGUCAGGCGUGCGUAAGGACGUUUUACUUCAAGUAACAAACAUUUUUAUAUGAUGGAGAUUGGUAUAUCCGAAGGAAGAUAACCUUUUUAACAUUUAUUUGUGAUUUAUAUGGAAACACUCGAACGAUUUUUAUGCUUAUCAUAUAAAUUCAGGGAGGGAUUUGAUUGUAUGACUUUUCAAAUUAUCUUGACUGAUAUUCAUAAUGAAAUAACAAAGAAACCAAGAACAUAGUUGAUGAAUUGAGAACACCAAAUGGGUUGUUUUAUCGAAACUGUUUAACUAACUCGUUUACUUAUUUCACUAUAAUAACUAACAAAACAACAAAAUAAUAGAUUAAUACAAAAUUUUCUAAUUAAUUCAAAUUAUAUAAUUAAAUUAUUUUGUUUGCUUUCCUAACUUAGAUAUCAUAUAAAAAUCGGCUUAGAAAUCGGUAAUCACUUUAAUUAUUAAUUCGAAUAAACGAGAAUUUGUUGACAUUUAAUUCGUUUUUAUGUAGAAUUUCCCUACAGACGAUUAAUAUAUACGAAUUUUUAUGCACUGACUGGCAUUUGUGUAAAGUGGAAAGGCCUGUAUUGAAAAAUGCUCAUUAUAUAGUAUUUAUUUAUUUAAAUUGAAUUUUAAUUUUGUAAAAUUAAAUGUAAAUCUUGCAAAUGUGGCCUAUGAUUCGUUUGUCGUUUUAGAAAACUUUACACUUUACAUUCUGCAAUUGAGAUUAGUAAGUUAGCAGGUAAAUCAAACUUUUAUUAUAGUUAAAGAAGAAGGAGGCUAUAAUAUAUUCCCAUUUAAAAGACAACAAAAACUUAGCUCAAUUUAUAAUGUUUAUUUGAAAGAACAUUUGUAUGGAUACCUCAGUGUUUUCUAAAACGCUAUUAACUAAAAUCACAGUUUCAAGAAACAUUUAAAUAAUGUGUUUUUAACUUUGAAUCCCACUUCUGAUGUAUCCAUAGAUAACAUAGAGGAGUUGUAUAAUGGGAAAUAAAAGAUCUGUAGCACUAUACUGUAAAAAUGUUUUUAUUACUUGACAGUGUGACUUUCGAAUUCGUUUCCAUCUGUCUCUGUCUAUAGUAUUGUAUUAAACAGAGAGAAAUGAAGACGAAUUUGAAACUCGCACAGUCGAGUUAUAAAAAAGUUACAGAAUAGCACUACUAUACAAUUAUUUAUUUAAACUCUAAUAUACCACCACCAUAUAUACCACCACAGGCAGCUUAUAAGCUGUAAGCUAUCUUGUAGCUCAUUUCCAAUUAUUAUAGAAAUGUUGCCAUUUACUGGAAUGAACGAAAUAAUUACUUUGAAAAAAAAAGUGUGUACAAACUGUAUUUUUCUGUAUAUAUCCAUAACAAAGUCCACGGAAGGCUGUGCUGUUAAAAAAAUUACUAAAGUAAUUGAUUUCCCCGACCAAAUACUUUCGCGUUAUAGAUUAAAAAAAAAAUAACGCCCAAUAGCUAGAAUGCGUCUUCUGCGAGGUGGGACUGUAAGGUUUUUGACAGCUGUCAAAAUCGGUUGCAGCCUGUCGUUUCAUAUAAAACUGUCACGUUAAAAGUCAUUAUAUAUAUGUGAACGUUAAAUUGUAAAAUACGUUAGCUUAUAAUCUCACUCGUGUUAUUAUAAUCUGCCGUCAUAUUGUGAAUUGAAGAUAAUGAUUACAAUUUUACGUGUUAUUUUUCGGCAUAGGCCUGCAACCGGGCACCCGAAUUGUCAUGUUCUAACCUAAAAAUAAAAAUCUAAUAAUAAUAAACAAUAACAACAUUUUACUAAUGGAUCAACAGUGUUUAAAAUUAAGUGUUAAAAAAAUUAGGAAACGGACUGGCCACCCGUCCGAUUUUCUUACUUCUUUGAUUUGUCCAUUGUAAUUUUUUACUAUUUUAUUAUGCCCGCUGUAACUCAACUUAUGGUAAAUUUAUCCUGAUUGACAAUUUAAUGGUUUUAUUUCCAAAAGGUUUUAAUAUACCGAAAAAUAACAAGUUAAAUUGUAAUCAGUAUUUUCAGUUCACAAUAUAACGGCAGAUUAUAAUAUCACGAGUGAGAUUAUAAACUAACUUAUUUUACAAUCUAACGGUGACAUAUACAUGACAGUUUUGUAUAAAAACCUUUCAGUCUACCUUCGCAAAUUUUUAUUCGACUCUUUUUCGCUCAACUUAGGAUUAAGGUUAAUUAAAUACACUAGUUUUACUUCAGGUGAGAAAAAAAAAAAUAGCAAAACGACCUAAUAAUACCUAUACGAGAUCUCGAUGUGAGUAAUCGAUUUUUGCAAAGUGAUUUUUAUUAAAUUCUUUGUUUUAAUCGGAUGUAUUUAGUCAAUAACGGUGUAUUAACUUUUAAGCGAAAUAAAAAAAAAUACAGAUUAUAGAAUUAAUUCGAGUGCGAAUAUUUGGAGUUUUAUAUUAAAAUGUAUUGAUUAAAUUCAUCAGUAAUGUUUAGACAUUUUGGCUGUAAUGGAGGGCUGGAGUAGUAAUACUUUAGACAAAGAGCGAACCUGUGAUAGUCACACUUGCCUCAUUUUAUGGAUGUUGAAAGUCUGUCAAUAUGUUCCUACCAUAGAUAACUAUGUUAUAGUCGGAUGCAAUCUUUAUGACGUUUCGAAACAUCGUGCGUUAAGCUGCGCAAUACAAUAUUUUAAGUAUCAUCGCCUACAAAGUGGCGUGGCUGUAGGGCAUCACGCCGCGCCUCACGUAGCUUAUUUCGCAGACGUUAUAAAAAUUGCAUCCGUCUACAGCCUACUCAGACUAAUUACAUAAUGACUAGUAUCGCACCCAAAUUCAUGAACAAAAUAAUUGUCUGUCGUUUUUUAAGGAAGACGAGCAUAAAUUAGGUAUAUAUCUUAUACUAAACUAGAAGUUGUUGAUCGUUUUUACAUCAUUCAACUACACAAAAAGGCUUUUUACGGAGUUCUUUACACGACGAAUACGAUUUCAACUAUAAAACAUCGAUUCUAUAGAGAUGGUUUUUAUAAUAUAUCGCGAUAGAUCGUUGAUAUUAUAUUUUGACAGAGGGAUAAGGUCUAGCGAGGCAGGUCCAUAUGUAAUUAGUCUUAGAUAGCCAAUUAUGGAGUUGGAUCGCGGUGGCUUUAAAGGUAGCUGGUAAAAGCUUCCAAAGUUGCAAUUGAUUAAAUGAGGUAAGUGUGGCAAUUGCAGUCUCUCUACUUGUUUGAUAUCGACGUGUUAUGACGUAAUAGAUGGGAAAAGGCUUGAAGUCUUAUUAUUUGUCGGGUUUGUACAUCGUAUAUAAAUAAAUUGUAUAUAAACAGUUGUAAGCGACGUUUACAGUCUGUAUAUACAGUUAAAGUUGGAUUAUAUUUUGUAAAAAAAAUAAUAUUAAUUUAUUUAUAUUUAAUAUUUACUAACAUUUUUAACUAGAUUUAAUUAUAUAUAUACAAUUAUAAUUAAACAAUUAUAUGUUAGGGGUCUUAAAUUAAUAAAAUUCAAAGACUUCAAUUCGACGUAGCCUAUGCUAAUUUAUUUUAUUCUUAGUCAAAAUGUAUAGGUAAAGUUAAAAAAUAAUUCAACUUUAAUUGUAUAAUGGCAGAAUAUUUAAAAGUUAAGAUAAUUUUACGUGGUCGAUAAACUUUUUAACACUAUCUUAUGGGGGUGAAUUUGAAUACACCCUAAAGAAGAUAUCUUGUAUAGGGUGUGGAAGUUAGACACAUAUAUUGCGAUUAUAGAAUCUCUUAACGGAAUAAUAGUGUUAAUUUUAUUGUUUAUAUUAAUUAUUAUUAUUAUAAAAAUCGACGCAAACGAUUUUACCUAGUUCAAAAUAGUGGACCUUAUUGUAUAUAGAAUAAUGUUUAGAGAUCUUUUCAAUGCUAUUCAUAUGAUAUUAACUGAAGAAAGAGAUAAUGCAAUAGUCUUCAGUUUACUCAUAUUUAAGAAAAAAAUAACAUGAGAGUUGAUCACACUAAAAUUAUAUAGGCGAAAGUUUUUGGCCGAAAUUUGGAAUGGAAAUAGAUUUUAUUCUCGAUUAACACAUAGGCUACUUUUCAUCCCGAAAUCCAUGGUUGGUUGGAUAUGUGGAAAAAUGAAUUCCAAAUGGAAAUAUGAAAUCUAAGCUAAAGUGAACCGUGUGACAGUACUGCUAUCCUUUUUCAUAUCAAGCGCUGUGAGCAGGAUAGCAUUAUUACUUUUAGUUGUAUUUUAUACGUUGUAUACUUUGAAUAUAUGUGAUUUGAGUAAUAAAAUGGAAAUUAUUUGAAUGUUAAUUAAUGGUUUUAAAUGAUAAUGAUUUUUUUCUAAUAUUCUUUAUAUUUAAAUUGUUUUUUUUUUUAAUAUUAUGACAUUCUGAUUUUAACGUUGCUUAACGAUUUUAAAGUUUUGGCGAUAAGGUUUAUAUUUACCGGUCGUAAUUAAGAAAAUUUGGAAACUCAUCUAUUAUGCGACCAAUUUACUUAAAAUGAGCCAAUUAUUUAUUUUCAUUUUAAUGAAAUGCCAAGGAACGAAGUACCUUUUGAUUUGAUGGGAUUGGAAGGGAUAUCGAUAGCGAUAGCGAUAACGUUAUCUAAAGCGACUUUUAUAGCUAUUAUAUAGCGAACUUCGUUCUAUCCGGGUGACACCUCUCAAGUUUUUUUUUUACUUUUUAUUUUAAAAUUAUUUCAGUCGAUUCUUAUCUCAUUCUUCAGCAAAUUAUGAUAUGAAGUGAGCAAAAAAACAGUUUUUAAGUAAUCAGAUAAAUUCAAUUAAGCAUUCCAUCGUGUGUAGCCGAAUGAGUGGAAUUGGUAGCGAGUUUAAUCUGUAUUCGACCUAAGUACAUGGUUAUAAGGUGCAAAUUUGUAACUGCCAUUCGACGAACAACAAAUUAAUAGGUUACUAAUUAAUUAAACAUAGUCUAUACGGACAAAGUACUGCUCUGAAAUGUAACACCACAAACGUAUUUUUAAUGAAACGGAACAUGAUCACGGAAAUAACGCAGGGUUAAUUGACUUUUUUCUUUUCUUUUUUUUUUAUUACGUAAAGGACAUCGUUCACUUUCGAAAAAUGUGUCCGCUAAAUACGAUUGUUUAAUGAACUUUUUGCAGUUAAUUUAAAUUUACUUCUUUUUAAUAUGCCUUCGUCGUCCGAUAUUUCGUUUUUUCUUUGUGUUCGUGAAAUGAAAAUGAUGAUUUUGUAAAUUAUACACUCCCUUAUUAUUUAAACCAGUCAUGAAUAAUAAUAGUAAUUUGACAUGGAUGAACAAAACAAAAUGGGAAACAAUAUUAAAAAAACAACAACUGUGAAUGAUGUCCUUUAUAAAUAUAAGAACAGAUGCACCUGGCAAUUUUGUAUCAUGUGUUAAACCUAAUUGGCAUUUAUACAAUAUUAUAGAAAAAUAGUAAUUAAAAACGUUUAUAUUUUUAAAAUUAUUUAGUAUUACAAGAUACAAAAUUAUUAAUGGACACAAGGAUUUUCAAUGUGUUGUGGCCUGCCUCCGUUUGCACCAAUUAUUCAGUAUCAACUCGGUAUUGUGCGUCUGGCCUUAUACUAUAAGUUUGCAAGCUCAAAACUUUUCAUGCUAAUAUGAAAUUAUUGUAAUUUUCGCGAUCAUCUUUCUACUAAUAUUCUUGUUAGCUGUAAAUUUAUACUGCGACUGCCACUAAGCAAAACCUAGUAAGUGAACGUAUAAAAUUAUUAUUUUGUUCCUUGGAUUACCUUCUAAUUUUACUAUGAAUUGAAAAUGCGUUGAAUUGUAAAUUCAGUGCAACUUACCUACUUAUUUUUUUUUAUUCCUAGCAAAUUACUUACUUAGGUUAAAAUACAUACAUAAUUGUAUGAAUCUGGUUAGUAAACGAAGAAAUUUGUGAAAUAAUUGAUACUGUACAAAAAUAUUUUUGUCACGUUGGUAUUGCUAAGUUCUGAAUAUCGGCAGUCGGAUUAGUUUUAAGUGAAAUGGUACCAGUUUUUAUUCAGUAUUAGGUAUGAUAGUGAAUUUUGUGAGACUUUACAACGAUGUUGGUACAUUUUUAUGGUCAAGUCAAUGGUAAUUUUAUAUAUUUUUUUUCUUUUGUUCUCAGCGUUAUUUCACGGUACCGUAAUAAGCAGUGUAUUCGCCAAAGAUAAUGCAUAAUUUAAUUAUAAGUAUAGAUUAAUAUUUAAGGAUACGUUCUAAGGUUUUUAGGAUUUCUGUGGCUGCUGCGUAUACUCAUCAUUAUUGUUUUUGUUUUAUAAUUAUUUUGGCAGUUGUAUAGUUUUUUACUGUUGUCCGAUACAGACUUAUAGAUUUUUAUGUAUACACGUGCUCAGAAUAAAGGGAAAAUAUAGACAUAAAUCAUCACCAACAUUAAGAUGUUUAUUAAAACUUCAACUACAGACAAGCAUCGUCAUUAGUAAAAUCAGUUUAAUUCGCCUUUAUUACCGUAUUUUUCCAACUGUUGGGUUUCGCUAGUAUUGUAGAAAUGGAUAAAAGAAGUAGGUUUAAAGGUUAAGCAAAGUCAAGAUGACAUUUUGUAAGUCAUUACAUUGACUUACAAAAUGACAUCUUGACUUUGCUUAACGAGAAAAAUAAUGGGAGUACUGUGACACACUGAUAUAAAAAAGUAAACCAUCUAGUACGGCAGAAAGUCUAUUCACCUAUGUUUUUUCUUUAUUUAGCAUGUUUAGUCUAUAUCAAAAUAACUCGGCUGUUUAGUUUUAAAACAUGGCUAGGAUAAAAAAUUCUUUAAUGCACAGCAUUGCAAUAUUUAAUUAGCUAUUUCAAGCUGAAGAUAUAAAUUUCAACAGUCAGUGUUUUAGUUCAAAAAUUAAAAUAUAUUUUGUCACUUGCUAAGUUUUGGAAUUGCAGUCUGUAUCCGACUUCAGUGGAACAACACUUAAUAAUAUAAUAUUUACCCAAUUUACAUUUCAUGUUAUAAAAGUUUUGCUCAAUUUUCUCAUAAGAACAAUCUUUGCACAAUACAUAAUGUUCUAAUUUUAUUUUACUUUAUCAAACGUGAUAGUAUUCACAAAUAGUUGUGCUCGGCAGUGUGUAUACAGCAUUUUCUAUUUAGUGGAGUCUACUAACAUUAGACAGAUCGGUUUCAGCUGAUUGAGCUUAACAUUCGACCCACGAUAUAUUAUGUCGUAAAGACAACAUGACGUAUGAGCUUAACGAGCGAAACGAAGGCGAUAUUUCCGACACGACGCUAUUGGUAUUUUUGUCUUCAUGACAUAUGUCUACCUGUAUGUCGUACCUUCAUAAUAUAUGUCGUGUCUUCAUGAAAUAUGUCGUGUCUUCGUGACAUAUGUCGUGUCUUCAUGAUAUGUGUCGUGGGUGAAAUUUUAAGCCUACUAGAACUGUGCUGUUGUCUAUCGUCAUUCUAUAUUUGAAACUUGAACUACAAUUACGUUAUUUCGGUUCUUCUAAGGACGUUCAAAUAUUUGUUAUUGCCUGAGAUGCACCGAACAUUCUCUCCUUUGCCUUUAUAUAUCGAUAAUUUAUUGAGAGAAAAACAUGAUAAUUAUAUACAUAUUGUAUGUAAGUUCACGUCUAUUGAUGUAAUUAAUGCACAAUGAAUAUUUAUACGCGUACACGAAUGCAUGUAUCAUAUUUCUCCUUAUGUAAAUUAGGUGGCUGUAGAAAAAGGAAAAUAUAUCUUAUUUUGUCAAAUGAAGUCCAAUGUGGAAUAUUGAAAAGCUAUUUGGGGUAGAAUAUGCAAAACGUUAUUUAAAAAAACAUAAUUGAUAUUUGAAUUUGUUUAUUAAUAUUAUGUUAUCUUAACACCUGUCGUGUUACGCAUUAAAAAAAUGAUAUAUGAUUUUCCAAUAUAUUUUUACCAACAAAAGUUAAGAAGAGUUUCAGUAUUCCUGAUUAAAUAUUUUUUUUAUAAUUCUUGCGUGCUGAAUUAAAAAUACAAUAAUUUUGACUUUUUUUUGCUGAUUUAUCUAACAUAUAUAAUACGCUUAUUGAGUGUUACAGAUGCAUAUUAAGGUAACAGUGUAUUAGUAUUCUAGAAUAAGAUCAACAGGCAGUGUUUUAGUUCAAAAAUCAAAAUAUAUUUUGUCACUUGCUAAGUUUUGGAACUGCACAGUCGUAGUCUGUAUCUUUUUUUGUUGACAUCUAAGGAGUAUCUAUUUAGACAAAUCUGAUUUAGUAAAAGAAAGGUUAUAUUCACUAAAAUUCCUUCAGUAGCCAAUAGCCAUUCUUACUGCGUGAUGGUGCUCCGGACUCUCCAUAGAAUACACCGGUUUCUUGUGCCUUCCAGAAGGCCUACUGAGAAAGAAACUUACCCUGUAUCCUACUUUUACUUUUAAUUAUACUUUUGUUCAUAAUACCGUCCUCGGUGUUCUUAUUUCAGCACGCAUAGACUAUAUCUUUUUUUUUUUUUUCUAAUAUAAAAGUGGUAAUUAUUUGUGCCCCAUAUAUAAAUACUCCGUACAUAAACAAAUACUGAACAAAGUUACCAAAGUGUAGGUAAAACAUGCAUUUUUUUUUAAAUAAAACAUCCUACUUCUGUUUGUAAAAUGUACGUGCCAUAUACUGUCAUGCGUUUUUUGUUAAUAUCAGAUGUUUUCAUAGCAAAAUGUAAUUAUUUGUCUUUAGUCUUUUUUUUAAUUAUUGCAACAAUCAUAUCUAGCAUUUAAGACUCGCCUCUCUCUGCAAUUACAUGUAACAGAAGUGAAUCAGAAAAACAAGUUAAACAAUUAGUACAUCAAUUAUGUUACAUUUAAUAUCUUAUCUAGGCGAUGCUUUAUGGCCUGUAAACAUAGGAAGUCGGCAUUGACAGGGGAGGACAUCAUAUAGGAUUUAUCCUACAUGUUCUUCACAAUCCAAACCGUUUAAAUCCUUUUGGAUCGUGCUGCGUUGCAAGAACCAGCUUAUGACUAAGGGCCCCGUAUGGGUUCGAAACUAUUCGGGCAUAUUCCGACUUUGUAUUACGGAGUUUUAGCCGUUUUUGUAUAAUAAAUUAAUGCGUAUAACACUCACGAUAGUUUAAAUUCUUAAAUGUUCUUCACUAUUGGCGAAUAGAGUGUACUGUGAUAAUCUGAAGUUAUAUACCGAGCAUGGAAUUAUAAACCAUAUUUCAAUGAUAUAAGUACCAAAUUAAAUUGAUAGAUUUAAAAUACUGUGACGUCACACUGCACAGGCUAUAAGUAUGCGUUUCUCUCUUAGUCUAGUUCGACCUACUUUAGUAUUUUAGUCGAGAACUAACAAUUUUUGGAUUUACCCCCCAAAAAUAGUUCGUACUCGACUAAAAUACUAAAGAAGUCUGUACGAUUACGGUCAUUGUGUCUCUUAAAUGCUAAGUUGAUUGUGAAUGAAAAGUGUUUAAUUUUAUAGUAUUUGUUGAUUCUUAUAUACUUCUUUUUUUUAAAUUUAAACAUUGUUUAUGAUUAUUAUCACUACUUAAAUGCUUUACGCAUAACUGUUUUGCUUUUCAAGUCAAUUAUGGUGCGAGUAUGGUUAAUUUAUUGCAUAACUUUAUAAGGCGAUGUAUACACAGAGACACGUUUUUAGCAACGCGGGGCAAAUCAGAUACAACUAGACAAAUCUAUUGUCCAGUUAUGACGCCAUGUUUUUAUGGUUACCAAAUGUUUUUACAUUGCACUGGUAAAAUGUACGUUGUUGCAAUAAAAAACUUGCAUAGAAAAUUUAUAUUAUUUAUGUUUUUCGUCGAAAAAGAGCAAGUACUUCGUGGAAGCAGUUGGUAAUUACAGUAGCGAGGUAAUCUGUUAGAAUCCGCGUCAUUAUGUGUCUGUGUGUACACAUCUCUUAACUCCUGUGCAUUGCAAGAAAUAAUAUGUUGCUUUUAAAAUUAAUAUCUUGUUGUUCUUGUUCAUUCUAUCUACUUAGGUAAUUUACAUUAUUUUAUAGUUAGUCAGUGAUAAAAUCAUGUAAAUUACUAAGUUUAUCAUUAAUUUAAAUUUGAUCAGUUGCAGUUAGUUAAGUAUAAGUGUUAUAAGAAAUAUGAUCUCCAGAUUAUAAAAAUUCAAUAAAAUCAAAAAUUCAAAUUUUUUUGAUUUUAAAUCUUUAUCUGGUUAUAUAUGAAGAUUUAUCCAUCUUUAUACAUCUUCAUUAUUUUAUAUCUGAUAGCAUCUAUUUAUUUACUUACAUUUCGGGUUGGAUGGUAAAAAAUGGUGCAUUUACAGUAAGUCUCAACAUGCCUUAAACCGACGAUACCAUAUAUAUUCCAUAGACUUGUCAUAGACUAAUCUAGUACUUAUAGUAUCUAGUGUAUUAGGCCUAGAUCAACGAUAUAUAUUUUCUGAGAAAAAUACACGUCGACCAAUAGCGGUCGAGUUGAAUAUCGCGCGCUCUUUCGUCCCAACGUAACGAAAGAGAGAGCGAUACGUAUUUUUAAUUCGGCUGCUACUGGUCGAUGUUUGUCUUUCUCUCGUCUUGAUAUAUAUCGUGGUGCAGAACUUUGGCCUACAGGGCUUCUUUUGAAGUUUUAUUUUUGUUCAAGACAACAUCGAAAUGAUUUGCUGAUUUUGAUAAGAAUUUCUUGCAAUGCGAAGGCUUAGGUUUAUAACAUGAUGAUGUAAUGUUUUGUGUAAGGUAAAUUAUUAUAAACAGUCGAUGAAUAGAUCAAGUGUAUGGGUUUACAAUGCAAAUAAUAAAUGGAUUAAAAUUAAUGUA